ACUAACCGAAGGUUCGAAUGGAACAGUCCAGUAAUCUGGAGAGAGACGGAGAGAGAGAGUGAACAAAACCAGGAUGAACAGUCAGAUGUCUCUCUAGUCUGUGAGUUUUGUCGCAGUGGAAUAGACGUGCACUUUUAUUGUCAAUGCUUGCACCGCUCACCAUUGUAUGUGAUUAUAAACUAUCUAUUUUAGAUUUGUAAACUUGUAGCAAGAUGUCAAAAGGUGUCUGGAGGAAACGCGCCCUCUCCACGGCUGGAGGAGCCUCGUUCACCUGCCUCGUGAUGAUGUUUCUUCUCGUCGCCGUUAUCAAACACCGGGGGACUCUCGUGGAGGAAGGUUCCACCGGGAGAGAGUUCGGGACUCGCUCCCUGCAAAGUUUAAAGAGCAUGAAUAAUAAUGACAAACCCGUUAACCAAGCUCCAGCCGAGGAUCGGGUCGGGGAGAAAUGUCAGGCGACCCAGGUCAAGGGUUUCUCGGCGUACUUCAGUGAGUUGAGCCGUGGGAAGCGGGCGAUGGAGCACAGAGCGGUGAAGACUCGUGAUCCUACACCGGUGGAGGAGCUCAGUCCGGCGGAUGUGUUCAUAGCGGUGAAAACCACCAAGAAAUAUCACCACACCAGGCUGGAUCUACUGCUGGACACAUGGAUCUCUAGAAACAUGCUACAGACGUACGUAUUCACCGAUGGAGAGGAUGACAGGCUGAGGAAGAGGAUGGGGAGUCACAUGAUCAAUACGAACUGUUCAGCGGCCCACAGUCGCCAGGCUCUGUCCUGUAAAAUGGCCGUCGAAUACGACACCUUCAUCAGCUCUGGAAAGAAAUGGUUCUGCCAUGUGGAUGAUGAUAACUACGUGAACAUACGUCCCCUCGUGAAGCUCCUGUCUCACUACAGCCACGCCCACGACGUCUACAUUGGCCGGCCUAGCCUCGACCGACCGCUAGAAGCCACCGAGAGGUUUGGCGACGCCCACACGCGUCCAGUGCGUUUCUGGUUUGCCACAGGAGGAGCAGGGUUCUGUGUUAGUCGAGGUCUCGCCCUCAAGAUGAGCCCCUGGGCCAGUGGAGGUAAUUUCAUGACAACAGCUGAUCGUAUUCAUCUCCCUGACGACUGUACGGUUGGUUACAUCAUCGAGGCGUUGCUAGGGGUGGGUCUUAUCCGCUCCCCACUGUUCCACUCUCAUCUGGAGAACCUUCAGCUGGUGUCACCGACACAGAUACACCACCAGGUGACUCUGAGUUAUGGAACGGUUGACAGUAAGAGAAACAUAAUCAAUAUAAGAGGAGCGCUCUCAUUGGACGAAGACCCUACCAGGUUCAGGUCUGUCCAUUGUGUCUUAUACCCAGACACUCCGUGGUGUUCAGCCCUGACCUGGUACUGAGGUACUGACCCCACCAGUCCAGAGACACGGAAAGAGGGGAGAAGACGAGAGAUGGAGCAAAGACACGGAAGGGGGCGAUGGGCAGAGGAGAGAAGUGGAGAAGAGGGACUAGAGAUAUUGAUGAAUGGAUAGACAGAGGAGAGAAGUGGAGAAGAGAGACUAGAGAUAUUGAUGAAUGGAUAGACAGAGGAGAGAACAGGAGAAACAGCCAAUAGCCUCCCUCUGUAUGGUUCCAGAAUGAUGAUGUCAUGAUACGGUGCCUUCUGACCAUAGAACGCCUUUCUCCAGCUCUCAUGUCCUGCAUGGUGUCACAUGGAUGGAGUCGGAUGGUUUUCGGGUUCCUAGGGCCUCGGGGGGCACCUCGUGGGACGACACUGGAUCUCUCCGUCACCGGAUCCUUACGCCCUCUAACCCUUGACCUCUAACCCCUAGUCCCUCCCAGAGAGGCCUGGUGGGGGGAAGAGACGAGCGCAACGUUGUUGUGAAGUUGCUGAUUGCAGAUGGCUCUGUGUGUUGCAGCUCUAACAGAGA